AUGGGGAUGUACCCCCCUCCAACAAUGUGGAACACAGGCUAUCUGGGGGACUCUGGCAGUCUUCCCAAGGGUGGCUACAUGAGACUUAACUUCUCAUACUGCUUCAGCCAAUCAUUGCUCUGUCUGCUGUUCUCCUUCUAACUUUUCCCCCUACUUACAGCAGGUCUGUGGGUUGACCCUAACCCCCAGAUUAACCCGGAUGGGAACAUAACCGAGGCCCCCAGCCAGAGUCGCAAACCCGAAACACAGCUGUUCGUGACAGAUGUGUAUGCUCUGAUGGCACCAAUGGAAGUCCCACCUGAC